AUGGCCAACAUCAUGACUUUCAGCGUCCCUUAUGCUCUUCUCUAUGCCCUUGGGGCCAUAGUACUGGGCACUGCCGCCAUCACACUCGUCCUGCACCUCAUCGACUUCGACAUCGAGCAUUGCAUGAGUACAAAACAAGGCGUGGCUAUCCAGAACAUCUUCAAUCCUCUGUACGAACGCCUUCUUCAAGCAGUAUCCGUAUCAGAACAGCUCGCUACCACGACACCUUCCAGUCCUACCGUGUCAUAUCGAGGCUACCUCGAGACACUCCCUCGCCGGACCGGUUCGCGCCCCAUCAUCACUGGCGUCAGUAGCCCUCGUCAAACCACACAACUUCCACCAACGGAGAAGCAAGUCACCGCCAGACUACGCGAGGUCAUCACCAAUGUCUCCGCUCGCUAUCCGUCAGCGACAUACCUCGGCCGCUCGACAUUUGAGUCCGAGCCAACGAGUCCCAUCACCCUCUACGCACGUCACCGCGUGUUCGACAAGACACAAUACUACGGCGAAAUCCUCAAGGCCAAUAAAGCGGAUGGCUUGAUCGAGUGUACUCUCCAUCCCAGCGACGUCAGGACCGUGAUCGAAACGGGAUGGGCCCAGAGACAUCCGCUGUCGACCCGGCUUGCAUCUUGGCUUGUGCGGGUACGAGGUGGAUGCACGGCCGCGCCAACCCCAGCGUCACAGGUCCUGCUGUAUGCUCCGCGAGACCAGGCUGAUCUCGAGGUCAUUGGACAAGUCGUCAACGCUGCGGUCUGGUGGGUUGGCGGUAUCGAUUCUAGGCUGGACGAUGAAUCCUCCUGA